AUGGAACUCGCCGGUCUAGGUAUCGGUGUGGCUGGCCUCGCCGGCUUGUUCUCUACAUGCAUCGACUGCUUUAAACUCAUCCAGCAAGGACGUUACCUGGGUAAAGACUACGUUCUUCUUGAAACGAAGUUCAGUAACCAAAAGCUGCGGCUUGCGACAUGGGGCCGCGCGUGUGGCAUGAUGGAUCCCGAGGGUUACGAUACGAGGCUCGAUGAUGAAGGCUUGCGACCAUGCAUAGAAGCAACGCUCACUCAAUUAUUUCAAUUGUUUAAGGACGGUAAACAGCUCAAGAAGAAGUAUGGAUUGAAAGAAGAUCAGGGAGGGCAGAGAGCGCGUCCGUUCCUCGGCGCAGGGUUGGAACUGGAGCGCUUAAGUGCGACCAGUUAUGGUCAGAAAUUUCAGGAACUGAUGAAUCGUACGAAAAAGAUUCAGCAGGGAGCAAGACUUCGAGAUUCUGGGAUGUGGGCUAUCGAGGAUAAGAGCAAGUUUACAGAGCUGGUUCAGCAUCUCAAGGAUUUGAUCGAUGAUCUCGAGGGUCUGACAAGAUAUCUUGACGUUGGGGAUCGCCAACGAGAUAUGAUUCAGGCAGAGGUGGAGUCGAUAGCGGAGUUUGAUAUACUCGAAAAUAUCGAAGAAGCACGCCUAGGAAGAAUAGAUGCUGUGUCUGAUGCAGCAAGUCUUCAGUUAUGGAAGCUUCGUGACCAGUUCUUGAUUGGGGGGAAGACCGCUGAAGGAAGUAAGCAGACCAGAAUGGACGAAGUAUCUGCAGCCUCGAGUGACAAGGAAUGGGACGUUCUUCCAGGGCAGAAUGAGUCUGUGGGGACUGUGGGUGAUGAAAUGAGGUAUCAGGUCCUCCAUAGGGUACGAUGUGCAAAUGAAGUUGCCGCCCUCAUUUUCCUGGAUAAACCCAGCUAUUUAGCUGGCCAGCAGCAUGAGGAUCAAUGGGCAUUUCUGGACCCUGACAAGCCUACUCAGGAGGAGCAAAUCAAUCACCUUCGCGGCCGUAGGAACAUUCCAAGCUUGGAAGCCUAUCGACAACAAAAUCGCCAAUUGCAAUUUGUGGUGCUACAUGAGUAUCGCUGCUGCGAUAUUUUACCUGUAUCCAGGAUUAUACCACCUCCGCCAACUGGUCAAUGUGUACGGCUUCUCUCAGAAGAACUCUGUGCCGCUCUUCGAGGGGUACGCAAGACAUCCGGGGAACUUUCUCUAUAUCCUGACUUCAAGGUUGAUCUUGAAUUACAAGCUCCAUACAUGUGGUUUUAUCAAUCAAGGAUGCUCUUUCUCCAUACAAACGAUGUCAAUUCGGUAUACCAAGAAUCUAUCAGGGCAUUUGCCGGUGUUAUCUGCGGUCUUAUGGAGCCCGAGUAUGCCAAAGUGGAUGUUCUUCUUGCUCGAAAGGCCAUCUCGUGGAGAUACUUACUUUACAUUUUUUUUCCUGGUAGUAUCAUCCUCGUUCCAAACACAAACGAAAAUAUAGAGCACAACAGAGCUUACCAGCAAAGGACCUGGCCGAUUAUUGCCAAAACACAGGAAGCAAAAGCUAUCGAGCUGGCAGUUAAGUCGUGGGAAUUUGAUGGGAAAUUUUACUCUACAGGAUCGACUCUCAGUAUUUCUCGCUCACAGUUUCCUGGUGACAAGGAUGCAGAAAUCAAUAUAUGCGAUCUACCAGUGUUCCCACUCAAAUAUGCCACAGCGAAUGAAAAAAGAGCACUUGAACGCAGAGGUCAAAUGUUCUGGAGCUGCCGGUAUGGUCGAUACAUAUUUUAUACCGGGUCUAUCUCAGCUUCUGAGCGCAUAGAGAAAGGAAGGUUCAUGAUAGACAUUGCAAUGUACAAAAGAAUGUUCCCCUCCUCCAACGUUGUACGAAAUAAUGACCGGCUAUCGAACGAGCUUGGAGACGAACUAAUGGCUCGGGAUUGUUCCCCUGAAGAAGAUUUUGAGCUUCUCCUGCCAUCCACUAUCCAUGGAUUUGAUAUGCAAGCGCAUAAGUGGCUGGUGUUGUCUGUUUCCAACAUCAAACCUGUCAUCUGGCACCAUCGUCCGUUUGACGAUUUAAUCAUUGCCGAUGAAACAAAAGAGGUCUUGCAAGCCAUGGUAUCAAGUACGAUCGCUAACAGGCAGAGCCAUAAUUUGAAAAUAGCGGCUAGAACGCAACAUGGGGUGAAUUUAUUAUUCCACGGAGGGCAUGGUACCGGAAAGACUUUCGCUGCCGAAAGCAUUGCGGAACUCAUCCAAAAGCCGCUCUACCGAGUCGACCUCCUCGCGAGGUUUGGAACUGGUGGUGAAAUGCAAAAUCACCUGAGAGAGAUCGCAAUGUUGAGCACGGCGUGGGAUUGCGUUGUUCUUUUCGAAAACGCAGAUUCCGCCACCAGAGAACCACAUGCCAUGGCAAUGGUCGUGGAAUUCAUGGAAGAGUUCAAGGGUAUUCUUAUCCUGAUUAUUCGGGCUAGUAUAAUUAAUAAGUACGUAAUCCAAUCUAGGAUAAACUUUGCGACUCACUUCCAGCCGCUCGGGCCCGAGCAACGAACCAGUAUGUGGAAAAAGCACUUGGUAGAAAUGGUGCAAAACGAUGUUGCAAACGAUGAGCUACUUGGAUAUGUGGAUAAACUAGCCGAUAUUAGAGUGAACGGCCGAGAAAUUCACAAUAUUGUUUCGAGUGCCCAGAAACUGGCUUCGUUCAAGAACACGCACGUAACAUACGAGAUGCUGCUGGGUUUCUCUGACGUGUCAAACGGCUUUAAAAUGAGACUACCGGACGAGAAUUCUUCUCGGGAGAAAGAGGGAGGAUAA